CACACACAGCACUCCCACAGUCCCUCGCGCUUCCUUUUCCAGCAGCGCGUGAGAUCAUGGCGGACGUGGUCGCGGAGCAGGUCGCGGACCUGAAACCAGUCCAGGACCGGGAUCUGAACGGGGAGGCGGAGGACAGGGAAGAGGCAGACCCCGUGGAGGAGACAGCGAAGAAGAAGAAGAGGAAGAAGAAGAAGAGCAAGUCUGCAGCAGCAGGCCCUGAGGCGGAGGCUGACGGAGUGGCUGAUGUGACCAAACAGCUGGAGAAGCAGGCCAUAGAAGACAAAGAGAAGGAGGAGGAUGGAGAGGAAGACGGAGAGGACGGAGAGAACUCUGCAGGGAAGAAGAAGAAGAAGAAAAAGAAGAAGAAAGGACCCAAGACUCAGACUGAUCCCCCAUCUGUGCCCAUCUGUGACUUACACCCCAGUGGAGUGUUCCCCAUCGGACAGGAGUGUGAAUACCCCACCGUACAGGAUGGGCGCAGCGCGGUGUGGCGCACCACAGUGGAGGAGAGGAGGGUGAUGGACAAAGCCAACGAGGAGGUGUGGAACGACUUCAGACAGGCAGCCGAGGCCCACAGACAGGUCCGCCAGCACGUCCGCGGCUUCUUGAAACCCGGGAUGACCAUGAUCGAGAUCUGUGAGCGGCUGGAGGACUGCUCUCGUAAGCUGAUAAAGGAGGACAAACUGAACGCCGGCCUGGCUUUCCCCACCGGCUGCUCCCUCAACCAUUGUGCUGCCCACUACACUCCCAACGCCGGGGACACCACGGUCCUGCAGUACGACGACGUCUGCAAGAUCGACUUCGGCACGCACAUCAACGGGCGAAUCAUUGACUGUGCCUUCACUGUCACAUUUAAUCCAAAGUACGACAAGCUGCUGGAGGCUGUGAGAGACGCCACCAAUACUGGAAUCAAAAAUGCAGGUAUUGAUGUGCGUCUGUGCGACGUCGGAGAGGCGAUCCAGGAGGUGAUGGAGUCCUACGAGGUCGAGCUCGACGGCAAAACAUACCAAGUGAAGCCAAUCCGAAACCUGAACGGUCACUCGAUCGGUCAGUACAGAAUACACGCAGGGAAGACGGUGCCCAUCGUUAAAGGAGGAGAAGCAACGAGGAUGGAGGAAGGAGAAGUUUAUGCCAUUGAGACGUUCGGCAGCACAGGUAAAGGUGUGGUCCACGAUGACAUGGAGUGUUCUCACUACAUGAAGAACUUUGAUGUUGGCCACGUCCCAAUCAGGCUCCCCAGAGCCAAACACCUCCUGAACGUCAUCAACGAGAACUUCGGCACGCUGGCGUUCUGCCGCCGCUGGCUGGACCGCCUGGGCGAGAGCAAGUACCUGAUGGCCCUGAAGAACCUGUGCGACCUGGGCAUCGUGGACCCGUACCCUCCCCUCUGCGACACCAAGGGCUGCUACACGGCUCAGUUCGAGCACACCAUCCUGCUCAGGCCCACCUGCAAAGAGGUGGUGAGCCGGGGAGACGACUACUGACACCCCAACCUCACCAAAAACACCACAACACCCCCUUCACCUCCACCCAGGUCCUGUUAGCAAACUCUUCCUCCAGAGAAACAGCAGAAAAAGAGCUUCUAAAAACAGGACGAUGCCGUCUCAGAAACUCUGAGGGAUGCCAAAUGUUACCGUAUUCUACCCACAAUGCACCACUCACAGCUCGCACGGAAGAAGAACUGGCUUUCUGAGUUUUCUUUCAUCACUCACAGCUAAAGAAAUCCUUAAAAAAGCCUCAACUGUUUCCUGCAGGAGGAAGGAUUGUAGAUGUCCUUCAGCGUCCUGUGGACCUCAUUUUACAACCCAUCACAAGGUUAACUGUCAGACAGUUCCACGUUUAUUUAAGCUGCCUCUGAAUCUAAAGCACCCCCAGCGAUCAUGAGAUGGUGGUCGUGGAAACCCUCCCUUUACCUCCCUUUCAUUUUCAACAUUUCUACGGCUCCACUCUGAGCCUCCAGUGCUUUAGUGCUCGAGUUAAAUUAAGCACAACAGCUACUGAGGAGUUAAAGACGUGGUUGUGCCGAUGCAUGGCCGGAAACCUCUGCAGAGGACGAAUCCUUAAAUUUAAAAAGCAUGGGGUGUCGUAGUAAUAAAAGCCGUCUACAUGCAGGCACCGUGCAUCUGCUGCAGCUGUGUGUUUGGCUUCUGUCGCUACAGGAGGGAACUCUGCACUUUGGCCCUGUAGUCAUUGUUUCUUUGAUAUUUGUAAAAUAUCUUUGGAAUGGUUGCUGCCAAUGUUUGUUCCCGAUUGAAAUGCUUCAUUUUGAACUCCCGGAAAUGUUUUUGUAAGAAAAAAAUAAAGAUUAAAAUGAUUUUGCUCAUUGUAA